UACUCCUACUUAGUACUUACUUACGUCUCAGCUCUUUGUCUUUGGGUCGAGCGACGAGCAGUGACGAGUGACCACUGACAUUAAAUUAUAAAUUUCGAUUGUGUCAUUAAUAAAAUAGGUAAUUAAAUUAAGAAAAAUGGCUAAGCCCAAAAAGGAUGAUACAUCUGAAGAAGCAAAAAAAAUCGUCGACGAUGCAAAAAAUUUUAUAGAAAAAGCUAUUGGAGAUAUUGGAAAAACUUCCGCAACGAAGCAGCUAAUUUUAGGAACUGCGUCAGGAUGGAUAACCGGUUUCAUUACUAUGAAAAUUGGGAAACUUGCAGCUGUUGGUAUUGGCGGAGGUGUUAUUUUACUACAUAUUGCGAGCCAAAAAGGAUAUAUUGACAUUAAUUGGGAUAAGAUCAACAAAAAGGUCGAUAAAAUCACAGAUAAAAUUGAAAAGGAAACUACUGGAAAAUCUCCAGAUUGGUUUGAUAAAGUUAUAGUAUUUGUCAAAGAUAAUUCCUAUUAUUCAGCUGGAUUUACAGGAGGCUUCUUUUUUGGCAUUGCUUCAUCAUAAUUUAAUAUAUCUUGCCUUCUGUUGUGUUGAAAGGUUUGUGGACCGUAAAAUUGAUAAAGCUGAGGGAUUGUUAAAGAAAAAAGAACACAAGGCUAAACGUUGGUACAAUGAUUUUAUUGGUGAUGACAAUUAUCGUGCAACUGAAACACAUGUAUUUAUGGCAUCUUUUGUUGCUGGACUGGCUGUUGGACUUAUUUGUGGCAAAUAGUUACUUUAAUGGUUCAUGUAGAUAAUGUAUCUUUAGAAAAAUCUCACCUUGUUUAUUUAUAUAAUGUUUAUUAGAAUUAGUGAUAAAAAUAAGUAUUCCUUAACCAUAAAAUGUAAUUUAUUUCCACAAGUAUUUUAAUAUAAAAUAUUAGGUGUUAUAUGAUCGAAUAAAAUAACAUAAAUC